CAGCCCUGCGCCCCCGCCCGCGCGGCCUCCGCCCCCCGCCCGGGGCUGCGACGCCCCCGAGUGGGGCGAGAGGCCCAGCGACCUCCGCCAGGACACGGCCCUAAGAUGUCCCCGCCGGGCAGGGCCAGGAUCCGCGCGUCCGUGGGACCCGUUCGUCCUUCUUCGGGCUAUAAAAAGGCAGAUGAUGAGAUGUCCCGGGCCACGUCUGCUGGAGACCAGCCGGAGACAGCAGCCCGCACCAUUUACCUCAACCAAUCGCAUCUCAACAAAUUCCGUGACAACCAGAUCAGUACAGCCAAGUACAGCGUGUUGACAUUUCUACCUCGAUUCUUAUAUGAGCAGAUUAGAAGAGCUGCUAAUGCCUUCUUCCUCUUCAUUGCCUUAUUACAGCAAAUCCCAGAUGUAUCUCCAACAGGAAGAUAUACCACCCUGGUGCCAUUGAUCAUUAUUUUAACAAUUGCAGGCAUCAAAGAGAUUGUAGAAGAUUUUAAGCGACAUAAGGCAGACAAUGCAGUAAACAAAAAGAAAACCAUAGUGUUAAGAAAUGGUAUGUGGCAGACAAUUAUGUGGAAAGAGGUGACAGUGGGAGACAUUGUGAAGGUCGUCAAUGGGCAGUAUCUUCCAGCAGACACGAUCCUGCUAUCCUCCAGUGAACCUCAGGCAAUGUGUUACGUUGAAACAGCUAAUCUAGAUGGGGAGACGAACCUUAAAAUACGUCAGGGUUUGAAUUGCACUGCUGAUAUGCAAACAAGGGAAAUAUUGAUGAAGUUAUCGGGAAAUGUAGAAUGUGAAGGGCCCAACCGGCAUCUCUAUGACUUUACUGGAAACUUGAAUUUAGAUGGAAAAAGCUCUGUUUCCCUUGGGCCUGACCAGAUCUUAUUAAGAGGUACACAGCUUCGAAACACUCAGUGGGUCUUUGGCAUAGUUGUUUACACUGGACAUGACACCAAACUCAUGCAGAAUUCCACCAAAGCUCCUCUCAAGAGAUCGAAUGUUGAGAAAGUGACCAAUGUGCAGAUUCUGGUGUUGUUUGGCAUCCUGUUGGUCAUGGCCUUGGUGAGCUCAGCAGGGGCCCUGUACUGGAAUGGGUCUCAAGGUGGAAGAAACUGGUACAUCAAGAAGUUGGAGACAAGCUCAGAUAAUUUUGGAUAUAACUUGUUGACAUUCAUCAUCUUGUACAACAACCUUAUCCCUAUCAGUUUGCUGGUGACUCUUGAGGUUGUGAAAUAUACUCAAGCCCUUUUUAUAAACUGGGACACAGAUAUGUAUUAUAUCGAAAAUGACACUCCUGCUAUGGCCAGGACGUCAAACCUUAAUGAAGAGCUUGGUCAGGUUAAAUACCUGUUUUCUGACAAAACUGGAACUCUUACAUGCAAUAUUAUGAACUUCAAGAAGUGCAGCAUUGCUGGAGUAACCUAUGGUCAUUUUCCAGAACUGACACGAGAGCAAUCCUCAGAUGAUUUCUGCCGGAUGUCUUGUCAACCUAGUGAGUCGUGCGACUUUGAUGAUCCCAGGCUCUUAAAGAACAUGGAGGACCACCAUCCCACAGCUCAUUGCAUACAGGAGUUCCUCACCCUUCUGGCUGUGUGCCACACUGUUGUUCCCGAAAAGGAUGGAGACAAUAUCAUCUAUCAGGCCUCCUCCCCAGAUGAAGCUGCUUUGGUGAAAGGAGCUAAGAAACUGGGCUUCGUGUUCACAGGCAGGACACCGUACUCAGUCAUCAUAGAAGCUAUGGGGCAGGAACAGACAUUUGGAAUCCUUAAUGUCCUGGAAUUUUCUAGCAACAGAAAGAGAAUGUCUGUAAUUGUUCGAACUCCUUCAGGACAACUCCGGCUCUAUUGUAAAGGGGCUGACAAUGUAAUUUUCAGUAGACUUUCAAAAGAUUCAAAAUACAUGGAUGAAACUUUAUGCCAUCUGGAAUAUUUUGCCACAGAAGGUUUGCGGACUCUCUGUUUGGCAUAUGCUGACCUCUCUGAGAGUGAUUAUGAGGAGUGGCUGAAAGUCUAUCAAGAAGCCAGCACUAUAUUGAAAGACAGAGCUCAGCAACUGGAGAAGUGUUAUGAGAUCAUUGAGAAGAAUUUACUUUUACUUGGAGCCACAGCCAUAGAAGAUCGCCUUCAAGCAGGUGUUCCAGAAACCAUAGCAAAUCUGCUGAAGGCAGGAAUUAAAAUAUGGGUGCUGACAGGAGACAAACAAGAAACUGCAAUCAAUAUAGGAUAUUCCUGCCGGUUGGUAUCCCAGAAUAUGGCCCUCAUCCAACUGAAGGAGGAUUCUUUGGAUGCAACAAGGGCAGCCAUUACUCAGCACUGCACGGACCUUGGAAAUUCUUUGGGCAAGGAGAACGACAUAGCUCUCAUCGUCGAUGGCCACACCCUCAAGUAUGCCCUCUCCUUUGAAGUCAGGAGGAGUUUCCUAGAUUUGGCGCUCUCUUGUAAAGCUGUCAUAUGCUGCAGAGUGUCUCCUCUGCAGAAAUCUGAGGUAGUAGACGUGGUCAAGAAGCGGGUGAAGGCCAUCACCCUCGCCAUCGGGGACGGUGCCAAUGAUGUUGGGAUGAUCCAGACAGCCCACGUGGGUGUGGGAAUCAGUGGGAAUGAAGGCAUGCAGGCAACCAACAACUCGGAUUAUGCCAUUGCACAGUUUUCCUACUUAGAGAAGCUCCUGUUGGUUCAUGGUGCCUGGAGCUACAACCGGGUCACAAAGUGCAUACUGUACUGCUUCUACAAGAACGUGGUCCUCUACAUUAUUGAGCUCUGGUUCGCCUUUGUAAAUGGAUUUUCUGGGCAGAUUUUAUUUGAACGUUGGUGCAUCGGCUUGUACAAUGUGAUUUUCACCGCAUUACCACCUUUCACUCUGGGAAUCUUUGAGAGAUCUUGCACUCAGGAGAGCAUGCUCAGGUUUCCACAGCUCUACAAAAUUACCCAGAAUGCUGAAGGCUUCAACACAAAGGUUUUCUGGGGUCACUGCAUCAACGCCUUGGUCCACUCCCUCAUCCUCUUCUGGUUUCCCAUGAAGGCGCUGGAGCACGACACUGCGUUGGCCAACGGUCAUGCCACAGACUAUUUAUUUGUUGGAAAUAUUGUUUACACGUAUGUUGUUGUCACUGUUUGUCUGAAAGCUGGUUUGGAGACUACAGCUUGGACUAAAUUCAGUCACCUGGCUGUCUGGGGGAGCAUGCUGAUCUGGCUGGUGUUUUUUGGCAUCUACUCAACCAUCUGGCCCACCAUUCCUAUUGCUCCCGAUAUGAAAGGACAGGCAGCUAUGGUUCUGAGCUCCGCACAGUUCUGGCUGGGAUUAUUUCUGGUUCCUACUGCAUGUUUGAUCGAAGAUGUGGCAUGGAGAGCGGUCAAGCAUACCUGUCAUAAAACAUUGCUGGAGGAGGUGCAGGAGCUGGAAACGAAGAUGGGAAAAGCAAUGCUUCGGGACAGUAAUGGAAAGAGGAUGAAUGAGCGAGACCACUUGUUAAAGAGGCUCAGCAAGAAGACCCCCCCGACUCUCUUCCGAGCAGGUUCCAUCCAGCAGAGUGUCCCACAUGGGUACGCCUUCUCCCAGGAAGAGCAUGGAGCUGUUACUCAGGAAGAAAUCGUUCGUGCUUAUGACACCACCAAAAAGAAAUCCAGGCGGAAAUGAGGCUGGAACGUAAGGAAGAACUCAGAGUCGCGUUUUCCUGAUUGAAGAGAUGCAGUUUGUUGUACCCAGUGUUAGCACAUCUUUGUCAGAAGAGACUGGUGUCAGCAGCCAAAAUACGAGAAAACACAUUUCUGUGGCCUUAGCCAGCCGGUUGGUUAGUUACGUGUUCCCGCGCAAACCCGGAUAGACACCGCGGGAAGCCAUUCUUCCCUCCACCUUGUCUGCAGUGCUUGGCCUAACUUUUGUUUACGUCGUUACGAAGCUUUCAGCUGUGCUCUGUGAGGUGUGAAAUUAAGAACGUUAUGUUUCACCGAUAUUUAAACUUCAGUACUAGUUGUUCCGGGAGCGAAGAUGAAAGGGUUUUAUGUUGCGUGAGAAGCCCCUCCCGGGCCGGGAGCCGGACACACUGGCUUCCGGUCCUUUUACCUCACAGAUCGAGUCCACGAGCGACAGCAUGGAGACUUCACCUUCGGCAGGUUACUGUCUUGCUUUGAUUCCUAUUAUGUUUGUAUGAAGUUGGCAUAAAUGUCUUGAUUACAAUGAAAUCACAAAUAUUAUGGUUUCCUAUAUACAUAUAAAUAUAUCUGGGUGGGAAACCUGAGACUGUUGGUGUGGACCUCCUAGCCACAUUCCCAGUGGGCAAACCUUCUGUGUUCCAACACCACCUUCUGGGCCCUCCCCACGGGGUCGGCCCAGGCCUCCCAGUGCCACCGGGUCUCUCAUCCUCACACCUUCUGCAUGGCUGGCCACUGUGCUCCGUGCAUGGUCACUGGUGGGCAUCAGCCCGAGCCCGCAUCCGGCCGUUCUCUACCGCAGAUACAGAUACAGACGCAAGAAGUCCCUUCUUCCUCCGCCCUCUUCCUCCUAUAACUAAAGGGAAAACGCAACCCUUCUGCAGACGUUCUAACGUUUACCUGCCUCUCUGUGGUGACAGGGAAGCCUGCAGGUCAGGACGGUGGAGGGGACCCUGCUAGCCAGGCUCCCAAUAUGCACGUCCCAGCCUUCAGGCCACGGGACUCUCAGCAUCCUCUUAACUUAGGUCUCACGCUUGUCUGCUUAGGAGUUGACAGCAUCUUUUGGAUUUUCAUUGUUAGAAAAUGAAUGAAUUUAGAGCAUGUCUCCCCAGGGAAGGAACACACCUGUCACUCUGUCGCUCUGGGACCAGAGAGGAUAUGCAAGCCCAGCUGAGAGAGAGGGCCCCUGAGUGUGGGAGGGAGGAUGACCAUGGAAGGAGAAAGCAACAAGCAAGACACAGACACAGGGAGGAGGGCCUAGAGGACACUUCCCACCACGUCAGAGCAGGAACUCUGAAAUCAAGUCCUGAAGCCCAGACAAAUGUCCUGAUCAGCCUAAUAUGUUCAGAAGGUUAAACAAGAUGUUGACAGGCAGUUUUAAUUGAAAAAAGUUCCAAACAUUUCAACAGGCUUUUUUAUAUCGAGAAGGCUUGCUUCCUUAUUCAGUCAGUGUUACCUACGGCAUGGCUCACAGUAGGCAGUGGCCUGAGUCUAAGAUAAGGAAGGAAGUCAUUGACUUUCCAAACUGCAGAGUCCCUUGUUCUAAAUUUGGACAGAACCUGGAUGCCUUCGGGCGGUCACGUGAGCACCUGGAGCCCUUAAUAAAGAACCAGCCUGGAGGCACGUUCUCUCCUCUCUGCUUUGGUUGCCAAACCAGAUUUUUGGAUAGCGUAACAUAAAUACUUGUGGGCAGCUGUUCCUGGCUGCGAUGACACGGUUCCUCUGGGAAUGGCUGUGCUAAAUUAGGAAAUAAAACAAUAGUGCACUUUGCUUCCGAACCCUUUAUUUUUAGAACAUCUACAUCUUACUGGGCAUUGAAAUAAUUAUGAUUUUCAUCAACUAAGAAAACUAAUCCCUCACUUAAGAGGUGACCAGGGUCCAGAGCUUGAGGGGAAGCAAGGCAGUGCAAUUAACAGGUGAGGCUCAGAAAAUUGCCACUUCUUCCUCCAAAGGUGAUGAAACUAAAUAUUAUAGCACCCAGCAAAGUGCAUCAUUGAAGGACUACCGCUACAGGGAGCAGGGGAGUCUAAUAAUUAACACAAAUCAAGGUGUAUGUCUUUGUUGCACACCCAUAAAGUUGAUGGUCUGAAUACAGAGGAAAAAUGAAAAUGAGAAUUGAAUGUGCAUCAGUCAUCCUGGCUAUUUGGUUUCAUUUAGAACUAAGUCUGUUUGGAAAGAGGCAACUCAAACUCAGUUCUUUGUCAAACACUUACUCUUUCUUGAUCUGAAAACCUUCUGAAUCAGAUUUGUGAAUUAGAAUGUGUGUGUGUGGUGUUUGGGGUUUUUUGUUUUUUACUUUAUCUUCCACAUUAAAUACAGUUCAAAUUUCUGAGAUUUAAGUAUAUUUUCUAUUUUAUUUUUUUGAGAAAUAGACUAAAGAGUCUUUGCAAUAAUGAAAUACGCACGCAGAGAUGUGAUGUGAUGCCUUUCUAUUUAUUCUCUUACGCAAUUAAGCUAUCUUGUAGCCAGAUGACUAAACUGGGUUUCUAGGAGGAGCAGCUGUCACUAUGUGUGAUGUAGAAUAUUUAGACAGGGCGGCUCUGGGGCUGUGUCAUUUGUCCUAUCUUUAAAUUGAGGUCAAAGUGUCACACACACAGCCCCUCCCCAGGGAGCAGGGUGGACUGGACUGAGUUGCAUACACUGGCUGUCAGCUCAGUGGAAAUGCCACAUGGGACUUGUCACUCUGCCACACGAUAAGUGACACGCAGGCUGGCAGGUCACCCUCGGUCAGCACAUGGGGCCUGUCUCUGGAUUGGGCUGAAGGGCAGAACCCAGGCAGGCUCAGCCUUAGUGUAGAGUUGCACAGACUGACUGCCGACUCUCCUUUGAGCUGUUGGCCCAUUCUGCUGACUCUGCAGAGGGAGACCAAUGGUUCGGAGUACUAGGUUCUGAAUUCAGCUCUACUCAGGCAUGGGCAGGCAAGGGUGACUGUGGAAACUAAACAAUGAAAAGAGAGGAGGAGCGAGCAGAGUAAACCAGCCAUGUCUACGUGGUUGUUGGGAUUAGCACUUCAUUGCUGAUCAGAACGGGCUUUGUAAUAAUUGGGAGAUAUAGCUGAUGAGCCUAUCCUGUCUCUAGGCAGAAUAUUCCAGGCCUCUUGACCAGCGGUACCUUCUCUCAUCUCCCACACAGGUGCAUAUGUGCGUGGCCCUUUCCUGGAUCAGUCCAGCACACAGGACCUGUGUUUGGAUAAAGGGGGUGCUGUUUCUUUAACACUCGUGGAGUAAUAUCCUAAAACGGGAGCUUGAGUUUCAGCAAAACAAGACUGAGAACUCUGUUGACAUUUCCUUUACCUUGACAAGGCUUCAGGACUUGCUGUAGGGAGCUGGCAGUGAAAAUCAGUAAUAACUUGUCAGGAAGCAGUGAAUAAUGAAAAAAAAAAAAAGUGAGUGUAGGUAACUAACAUCUGAAAAUGCAUAUCGUUGAAUAUAUUACCAACUUUAAGGUUGCAUUU